UGCUUGGGGCGGAGCCAGGCACGCCACGCCCCGCCGCACGCCCUGCUCACCCCACACACGCCGCGCCCGACACUCGCGCCGCGACCGUUCUACUUACUAAAACGAUUUGCUCGCAAUCGCAUCACCUGCGUAUUAUCCCUUCAUCACACUAAAAAUCGACGCCUUCUCGUUUCGAUCCUUGUAGUUAAUUCGAUCGCAGAUUACGAAUAAUUUGCAUAUUUUAGUUGUACUUAGUGAUAAAAUAGAAAAUUUGAGCAUCCGAUAUGUCGGCAAUAACAAUAUCGAGUAUAGUAUAAUGUGGUGCCGAGUGCGGGCUGGUGUCUCGUCGCGAGUGUUGUGCUGGGCUCGGUGAGGGUGGCGGUGGUCAGCGACGUGGCGACGCAGGGCGCGUGCGGCGGCGACGGCGGCAUGGGCGGCGCGGGCAGCGGCUGGUCGCGCGAGGCGCCGGCGCUGCUGAGCACGGCGCUGCUGCUGGGUGGCGCGCUGCCCGAGCGCCCCCCCGCGCCGCUCUUCACCAUCGACAGCAUCCUGGCGCCGCGCCCGCACCCGCCGCUGCCGCCGCUGCAGCUGCAGCACUUGGCGCACUCGCCGUUCCAUAGAGCACAUGAUCUCUUUGGUACGUUUGCCAACAGUUUAGGUGUCAGCGGCGUUGGAAGUGCAGUGUCAAGCGCUGGUGGUUACGCAGGCCUUUACGGAGGGUAUGCGGCUGCCGCCCUGGCAGGCCUUGCGGGGCCGCCUCCUAAGCGCAAGCGCCGACACCGCACUAUCUUCACGGAGGAGCAGCUGGAACAGCUAGAGAGCACCUUCGACAAGACACACUACCCCGACGUUGUCCUUAGAGAACAGCUCGCAUUGCGGGUCGACUUGAAAGAAGAAAGGGUCGAGGUCUGGUUCAAGAAUCGCCGUGCGAAAUGGCGCAAGCAGAAACGUGAGGAGCAAGAACGGCUUCGUAAGCUGCAAGAGGAGCGGGCUUGUGGUCGGACGCCGCUGAUGGCGCGGCCACCGCUGUCGCCAGCACACUCGCCUGCGCACGCGCCACCAGCGCCUCCCACGCCACGCCCAUACACCGACGACAGCGACUCCGACCUAGAAGUCGCUUAAACACUAAAACUUCCAAUCACCCAAAUCAUUGGAUUGGCGUAUCAAACAGACUCAUGAACUAUUAAGUACUGUUCACAAGACAAGUGUUUAAAAGUGCCAUCUCAAGUGUUAUCGUUACUCAUAAACAUUGUGCGAGGACUAAAGUGGACUAUGGUGUUGUGAAACUAGUUACUCUGACUGGUAGAUAUCUAAUGUGAAUUAUACUUUACUCAACUUACUUUCCUACUUGUAGGAUAGUAAGUACAUAAAUUAUCGUGUAAUAAUAAUGUAUAAUGUUAGACGCAUAAUAUAUUAUGUUUGUAUGUAGUGUAGAUAGUAACAGCGCUUAUCGAUAUUUUCUUCAACGGAACUCUUAUUUUAUUUUAGAAAUAACAUUUCUCCUAAUAACUAAAUGUAGACAAAUGUGCAUAUAAAUACAUAUAAAUAUACGUAGAUGUUCUUAAUGAUAAUUCCAUUGUAAGUACUUCUUCGGCAAUUUCGGCAAUAAUAGGAACCAAUUAGAAUAUCUGAAAUCUUCAAGGCAGAGAUAGAUAUUCCGCUUUUUAAAAAUUCGUGAAAUAACUAGAUAAAUGUAUUAAAUAUAUAACCUCGUGUAUACCUACUCCUAAUAAAUGAAAAUAAUAAAAUAAGCCAUAAUUAUCAGCUGUAUAAUAUUAAGAUUGCCUGCACCUAGUUUUCAUUGUUAGAAUAUAUACCAAGAUAUUCAUUUACAAAUAAGUGUUCUUAAACGCAGUAAAUAAAAUGUACAUAAAGAAAAAUACAUAACCAUACUUAUGAUAAUCUAAUCGUUAUAUAAAGUCCAAAAUAUAACUGAAUUACAAGCAGAUAAUUGUUAAACAAAGUUCGUCGCCACUAUCGAUUCAACACUUAUUUAUAGAUAACUAAAAAAAUCUAGUACCCACGUACUUAUGUAUUCUAAUAAUGUGAACUAGGCACAUUUAGAAUCAUUUUCGUAUCCCGGCGUUGUAUGUAACCGUCAUUUCGAGAAACGCCGGUCAAGGAUUUGCUUUAUAUUAUAUUCUAGGUGACUUUUAGGUGUCCAUCUUCAAAUAUGAAGAUUUGUUGUAUACUUACAACGAUUAUUUUGAUGAGAAAAUAAAUAGGUACCUAUGUGUUGUCUAUGUUAACAUUUUGCUUCGUAACUGCUCCUGCGGUUAACUGCAAUAGUACCUAAUUAAUAUAUUGUUUAUCUAGAUGAAAAGUAAUGGAAUCCGUAAUUACAUAAUAUACCUAAUCGCACUUGUC